AUGGAUGAGAAUUUAAAAGGGAAUUACAUUGAUUCGGAUGCUGAAAACAAGAAAAACGCUGGUAACUUUCCUCCAUCAAGAAAUAGAGUAAGUUAUAACUACUGGAAACAAUCUUUAGUUAACGAUUUAAUUUAUUGAUAUGAUAUACAAAUUUACUGUGUUAAUUUUUUUCAAGAUUUUAAUCUUUUUAGCCACUAAUGGUUGACGAUGCGCUACAGUAUUUGGAGCAGGUGAGGCAACAGUUUGCCGAUAACCCUGAGGUGUAUAGCAAUUUCCUUGAAGUUAUGAAGGACUUCAAGUCUCAAGAGUACGUUUUUUUAAUAUUUUUUUAGUCAACAAUUUUAUUUUUCUGCUGUGAAAUUAAUUAGUUCUUUCAAUGUGCUUUUAAAAACAAUGUUUUUUCUUAUGUAAAUAUACAUUAUAAAUAUUGUUUUUAGCUUAAACUCGUGACAUUAUUAGUAUUUUCAACCAGUUUCAUUUUUUUAGAAUUGAUACUCAAGGGGUGAUACGACGGGUGAGUCAACUAUUCGUUGACCAUCCUAAUCUUAUAACUGGUUUUAAUACGUUUCUUCCGAAUGGAUAUGAAGUACAAGUUCAUGGGAACAUGCUGAGGAUAAUAGAGCCGACAGGCGUCAUUAACUUACCAAUGGCAAACAGUCAAAGUAAGUUUUGAAAAAUAUAUUUAUUCCGCUUCCUAGGCAACGAAACUCAAAAUGUGGGAAACGCGAUUAAUUUAUCAAACGAACCUAAUGGAACCUUGACUCUGCUCAAAGUCAAUGUCAACUCGGAUGCUCUUAUGAAUAGUGAGGACACAUUGGAUCAGGCUUUUUCUGUUUUGAACAAAAUCAAGGUAAAUUUUGGAGAUCAAGGUUGAUUUAAAUGUUAAAAUUCAAAAUUAUUUUUGAACUUAAUUUUCAGGAAAGAUACAGUGCUCAGCCUGAUGUAUAUCAACAAUUUCUUGUGCUCUUGACUAGCUAUCAGAACAGUGUUCGUAAUGAUGUAGGUAUUUUUAAUUUUUAGGUAACAUUUUUUUGACUUUAUUUCAAUUUCAUUAUUUUAGAGCGAUGACAGGCAUGAACUGUACAAUAAAGUUGUUGUGCUAUUCAAAAACGAUCAAGAUUUGCUUGAAGAGUUCAAAGCAUUCAUUCCUACAGUUUUUAAUGAGUAUAAUGAAGCCAACGAUCUGAAAAGCCGGAAGAUAAAGUCCGAAACCAUAAAAGUAAUUUUUUAUUUUUAAAUAUUUUUAAAAUUCGUUCUGUAUUAUCUGUGAAAUGUCUAUUUUUAGAAAAAGAAACACUCACUUGCCAUGCGACAUUCUACACAAUGUCCUUUGACACCAAAACAGAUAUUAUUCUUCGAAAAAGUAAGUUAUUACUAUGUAAGACAUGACUUUUUUGUUUAGUUGAACCGUCUAAAGAUCGCAUUGGAAAAGCCGUCUGUUUUGAACGCGUUCUUUCAUUCGAUGGAGUUGUACAAUCACAAUCAGAUUACUAGAAAUGACGUUUUCUGUGUGUUGGCACCGUUCUUCCGGCACAGUCCGUUCUUGUUGAGGAAUUUGAAAGAAAUCUUUGACCAAUGUGAAGCCGAAGCUAAGGUCGGUAGCAAGAAGCUGCCUGUCGAUAUCAGCUUGCUUGGUGCUGAAGAUGCUGACUUCGAUUAUAUAACGACACGAAGGAUGGGUCAGAGCUACAGAGAACAGGCCCCAGAAAAGCGGGAUGCUACAUGUAGUGGAAGGAAGGUGAGACACAGGAUGGUGCUGAACGAUAAAUGGAUGGCGUUUGCUUCGUGGCAGUCGGAGGACUCUGCUGCUGUAUCUUCGAAGAAAACCCCGUUUGAAGAAACUUUGUGGAGGAUAGAAGACGAACGAUUCGACUACGACAUCUGCGAAUCGAUCCUACAAGCAUCGUGUGGAAUAUUGAGUAUCAUUCAGUCGAAGAUCGCUGUUAUGGAACCAAGAGAACGGAAAAGGUUCAAGUUGGAUCAGAAUUAUGGUUGUGACAAGACACCGACUUUGAUUCCAAGAUGUAUAAAACGAGUUUAUGGGUGAGUAGCUGUUAAUUGUAUUCCUUUACAGUUAAAACGUGUUUGAAAUUAUAUUUUUUAAUGAGCUUUAACUUUUUUUUACCAAAUCUUUUUAUUUUAAGUGAACAUGCUUCAAAGAUAUUGUCGGCUUUGAGGAAUGCUCCUGAAGAUUCUGUAGCCUGUGUCCUCAAACGGUUGGAAUUGACAUUAGAGCAGAUGAGGAAGGAUAAGGUCGUUAAGAGCGAACGAUGGGCUGAACAAACGCGAGCUUGUUUGAGUCGGUCAUUGGACAGUCAGGCUAAUUUCUUCAGAAAUAAUGACACAAAAGUCCUCAGAUGCAGGUCUAUCAUUCAAGAUAUCGAGAAGGUGUUCGAAGAUGUAAGUUUCUAUUUUAAUUUGACUUGAGUCUGGGCAAUAAAUUAAUUGGAUAUUUAUUACGACUAAUUUCAGAGGAGUCGUGUGAUGGAGGAUAUGACAUACGCCGAUGGAGCGUUUCCUCCACUGAUUACCUUGACUUACCCAUCGGAUAUGUCUGUCUUCUUUGACGCUCAUUACCUGAUCGAAUGCACUUUGUUGGGCCAACAUUUGUCUCUGGAAGAGUUGAGUAACGCCAGGUUCUUUUUGAAAUUCUUGUUACCUAAUUUGUUGUGUUUAAACAUUCUUCACAACCAAGAAGUGGUAUCUGGUAUGUUGAUAGAUGUCGAGAAGGAUGAGAAAUGCCCUAUAUCUUAUGCAACACAGUUGAAUGUUGGUGAUUUUGAAAGAUACAUCAAGAGUUUCAUCCCUGAGAAAGACGAGAAUGUAAGUCUGCCAAGUUUUUAAAAAUUUUAUUACUAAUUUACUAAGAAUGUGACAGUACGUAUUAAAAGUUGAAAUAAUACAUGUUUGCAGAAGGAGAAAACGUGGAGUUACUUGUUGAAGAGAUGUUUGUACUAUGGGACUAACAACUUUGUAUUGUUCAUGAGACUUCACAAUAUUUUGUGUGAACGGUUGGCUGCUGUGAAGACGUUGUGUCGUAGGAAGAAGGCAGAGUAUGAACACGAGAUAUCACUCGCCAACGAAAAGGAAGAUCUCUAUAGAGCACAUGGUGACAUUCAGGGAGAAUCUCACAGCGUUCCGAGGAAUACAUCCAGGAAUCCGUCAAAGUUCUACAACGACAUGUUGGACAUGGUCAAGAUGUUGAUGGACACCAACAUCGACCAGGUGGCCUACGAGGACGUGAUGCGUAGUAUGUUUGGGAUCGAAGCUUUCCCCCUGUAUACCAUGGACAAGCUGUUGUCAGGCCUGAACCGAUACCUGAUUAACUUACUACAAGAACCAACAGCCGUGGUCACAUUCAACUUGUUCAAAGCGUUUAUACGACGACGUUUGGUGACAGGAAGUGAAAUGGUCGCAGCCGAGGAGUCGCACUAUGAAUUCAUGUCUUCUGCGGUACGUUUAGUGGCUUUUUUUCAGUAUCUUUACGUUUUGUUUUAUAUUUUUCAAUUUUUUCUGGUUUUAUAAGAGAUUAAGGCAAAAAUACCGUAGAUUGUUUUAGGCGUUAAGUGGAAGUAAUUGUAUCAAGACCCGAACUGUAGUCACAGACAGACCGAUUGUAUGCUUUGAGAUGAUAGAAACCCCCAAUGUAUGUGAAUGGUACCACUUGUACUCAAUGAAUAUAAAUGGAAAGCGAGUGAAACAGAAAGAAGACGCAGUUGCUCGUUUAACUGUAAGUUAUCCACAGUAUUAUACGUAAAACAUUACUAUUUAAAUAUCAAGAUGUUGGCAAUUUGCAGUUUCUAGAAACACCUUUUAAAUUUCAAAGUUUUAGUAUCUGGACGAGGCUCGAGGAGUUUUACCGAAUUCAAAGGAUCGUCUCUUUUUGGCCCGUAAUCUGAAGAAAGGGGCAAGAAGGAUGAAUUCGUAUGCUGCGGUGGGAGACGACCUGAUAGAAGAAGAACAAGACGAUUCGAGGGAAUCAACUCCCGACGAUGAAGAUGAGGAAGAAAUGGAAGGAGUUGAGGAAUCUGGAAAACCUUCAACCAGCGAAUCGUAUGGUACAAAGGCGAAGAAAGCAAGGAUAGAGAAGGAAAUGCCAGCUAUUGAUGAUACGUCUACUACUUCCUUCCUCGUGUGUAACGAUCUCAGGUUGUACCCAGUUAACACAUCUUUUGGUUUCUACACAACAUACGAUGGAACUUCUAAUAUAUUAUUGCGCCGAGGGGCUCCUUAUAGAGCAAGAAAUGUAAGUUAAUUGCUUUUAUAACAUUCUGUAUUUAGACAACGGUCAACUCGAUUAGAUCGCGCCAUAGAGCAUUUCUGAAUCUACUCUCGGUAAACGACCAAUAUCCUUUCGCACUGGGCCAGGAUUGCCAAGUCUGCUUACGACCUCACAGCUUAAUUCCAGAUCUUACACAUAAUGUAUACAUACGUAAGAGUUAA